UCUCACAUAAUUUAAGCUCAGAAAAUCGAAAUUUCUAACCAAAUUGAUUCAUCUAUUAAAAUUAUCGAUUUUAUCGCCCAUUUAUCCAAUACAAUUGUCAUUUCUAUGUUGAAUCAUUAUGUAUACUAUAGGGAUCCUAGGCAACUGAACUUUUCUUUGUUUUUUUAUUUCAUCCUUCGAAAAUAAAUAAAUUUUCUACACUCAUACAUUCACUAAGGAAUAUCGUUCUACUGCACCAGCUGAUUCCUAAUGUUUCUAGCCAGGUUAAAUUUGGUCAAAGCAGCCAUACACCAGCAAAUCAGGAACUUUGGGAAAGGUACACUGAGAAUGGCAGUUGCCAACCCGUCAGGUGACUCAAAUAAAAUAAGUAGCCAAGAGCCAUCCAAACGAAUGGAGCAGUUUCGUAUGAAAUUGAAGCUGGAUCCUGUACCAAGAGUAUCCCCGGGCAUGAGAUUCAUCGACCUAAUGCUCGUUAAAACAAAUCCAAGCACUGGAGAGCUAAUUAGCGAUGCUGAGAAAGAUCCAACGAAAUGGGGUGAUUGGCAAAACGGGGGACGCGUAUCUGACUUCUGAGUAAA